AUGAAUGAAACUGGUAUUCUGUCAAAAUCUACCGAAUUACCUAAUACUAAUGAAGAAAUUACUAAUGAAAGUGGGAAGAAAAGUUCAACUUCAGGGAAAAGUACAACCAAUAGAAAAACUGAUCCGUUGAAUACACCAAAACUACCGAAUGAAGAUAGAGAACGAAAAUUGUCAGAGUCAGUAAAAAAUAAAGUGCGUGGGACUGAAUAUAUCACAAGUCGUGAACCGGAAAUUGUAUUCGUCGAGCAGUUGGACAAUAUUUAUAGAUGUGUGAAUUGUAACAUUGUAUUACGUGUACCAUUUAAAUUUGAAGACUGUGGACAUAGGUGUUGUUCUGGUUGUGUACCAGAUAUAUUCAAAGCCACUUCAAAAUGUCCAGUAGAUAAACAAAAUUUAAAGAAAGAUCGUGUUCAUUUGGAUAAAGCAUUUCAAGAACACAUGGAUGGAUUGAGUGUAAAAUGUUCAUAUCAUACGGAAGGAUGUUUAUGGACAGGAAUUCUCGGUGAAUUGGGUUAUCAUCUUAGUCAGUGUGAAUACAGAAUUGUUCUAUGCCCAAAUGAGUGUGGUGUGGAAUUUCAGAGAAAAUCUAUAGAGGAUCAUAUUAAAAAUGAAUGCCCAAAACGCAUUAAACAAUGCAAAUUUUGCAAUGUUAAAUAUACCGCUGAAAAAGAAACUGAACAUAUAAACACAUGUCGAGAAUAUCCAGUACCAUGUCCAAAUAAAUGUGAAAAAACAAAAAUUCCAAGGAGUUUGAUUACAGAACAUUUAAAAAAUGAAUGUUCAAGACAAUAUGUACGUUGUCCUUUCAAUGUUCAUGGUUGUGAAUUUCGUGGCCUUAAAAAUAAAGUUGAUACACAUAUGGCGCGAUCACUGGCAGAUCAUUUAAAUUUCCUCAACCUAUCGGUACAACAAAUGUCAUUGUUAGUUGAAGCACAAACAAAAUCGUAUGCAGAAAUCCGUAAUUUACUAGAAUCUCAAAUAAGCCGUAUCACAGCGUUAGAACAAUGUUUUGGAGCACCAUUUCUUUGGAAAAUCGAUUCAUACACUGAAAAAUUGAAUAAUGCUAAAUCUGGUAAACAAACAGCUCUAUUCAGCUCUCCAUUUUAUACGCAUCGAUAUGGAUAUCGAAUGGCAUUGUCUGUUGCAUUAUAUGGUAAUGGAGAUGCACGAGGAAAAUAUAUGUCAGUGUAUGCUUGUCUUUUUCGUGGAGAUCAUGAUUCAUUACUACAAUGGCCAUUCUCACAUCAGCUGACAUUUACUCUGAUUGACCAAAAUCCUGAGAUCAAUGCACGAAGACCAAUUGAUUAUACCAUUAAACCUAGUCUAACUGGUGAUUAUAAUCAAUUUCUUGGUAGACCAACUAAUGAACGAAAUUCAUGUUUUGGAGCGCCACGUUUUGUUAAGUUAGAAGUUAUGGAAAUGUCAAAUUACAUAUUGAAUGAUGAAAUCUACUUAAAAGUGACAAUGAAUAUGAGUCAGAUAGUAUCAAUUUAAUU